UAGGCGUUCUACUGAGAGAAUGCGCCGAGCCGGCAGGCAGCCCUAGUGUCGGCGCGCAGGCGCGGGGGGGCAGGCCGGGAUUUAAAGGGGUAGUGGCCGCGGGUGCUGCCCCUUAGGGGGAGUCUGUUCCGCGUUUUUAGAGGCGAGCGGGCUUUGUUGCCUUCUGUUUGGGAAGAUGGUUUGCGGGGGCUUCGCCUGCUCACGCAAUGCUCUGUGCGCCCUCAACGUCGUUUACGUGCUGGUUGGUCUACUACUGAUUGGCGUGGCUGCCUGGGGUAAAGGAUUUGACGUUGUUUCCAGCCUCCACAUCAUUGGAGGAGUCAUUGCUGUGGGUUUCUUCCUGCUUCUCAUCGCCAUCGUGGGACUCAUUGGUGCUAUCAACCAUCACCAAGUCAUGCUUUUCUUUUAUAUGAUAAUUCUAGGGCUAAUCUUUAUUUUCCAGUUUGGAAUUUCCUGUGCAUGCUUGGCACUAAAGUCACAUAAGCAGGAAAGUCUUUUGAGCAGUACCUGGAAAUAUUUGAACAACACCACCAGGAUAUCAUUGGAAAAUAACUUAAAUUGCUGUGGGUUAUUCAAUAACACUGGAUCUGCUGAGCUAUUUAAGAGUGAUGUUGACAAUUGCAGUGCACCAUGCACAAAAACAAAGUCUGGAUGCUUCAAAUGUGGUGUUGUGAUGAUGGAACAUGCAGAUGAGGCCUUGAAAAUCCUUGGUGGAGUUGGACUCUUCUUCAGUUUCACAGAGAUCCUUGGAGUAUGGCUUGCAAUGCGUUACAGAAACCAGAAGGAUCCCAGAGCCAACCCCAGUGCCUUUUUGUAGUUCUUUCUCCUACCACCUCCCAGGUUCUUUUUAGCUAGCCACUUCUUGCUUAUUUAAGACCUCCCAUUUCCAUGACUCAGUAGCCAUCUACUCUUGCAGGCCCUAUGCGGGUGAACUUUGCCAUUGUGCCAAACGCUGAUUGGAUGAAACAGCAAGUAAAGGCUUCAUCCAUGACAUGAAGCCUUUGGCAUGUGGCAAAGGGACCCAGUACCGGGGGUUGGGGGGUGAGGCAGACAUUAGUUGGUAUCACGUAAGACCGCUGAAAGUCAUUUUGCUGACUCAUGUAAUUGCUGCUCAUAACUACAAUCAGCCUCUUUUUAAAAUUUUUGCAUCGUUGUACCCAAGUUUUUAAAAAAGGUUUUCCCUAAAGCUGCUUUUUUCCUCAACUAUGUCUUCAUCUUCGCAAGGCAAAGUGCUUUGUCUCACUGUUUAAGCAGCGAAGGCAACAGUUUUCCCAUCAACUUACUUUCACUGAAAGUUGCCUGCUCUUCCCAGUUUGUGUUUCCUAUGGUCAAACACAGUAGACAUGAGUGCUGUAUGAAGCAGCUCUAGGGAAAGAUUUAGCUUUAGUUUAAACAAACAUGCUGAUGUCUUAUUUUAGGAUAUUUUUACAAGCCUAAAUUGAAAUUUACCUAAAUUCAGAAUUUACAAUCGUAUACUUGGGCUGCCUCUUUUUAAUGCGGGAAGUCCUAAAACUGACUGGAGAACUCACUUGCUCAUAGUGUAAUUACAGUUACAUUGACUUACAAAUUCUUAAACUGGCUUGAAAGUGGUUUCUCUGAAAACCUAUUCCUCUGGAACAAAAGGGACUUGAGUGAUAUCAGCCUGAGAUUUGGAUCCCAGAUUCCUUUGCAAUAUUAUUCCUGUGGUUCCUUAGCUGGAGGAUUAAGACUUGAAACUGUUGUAUGCUGGUGAUAUAGAUAUGUCCUAUCCUGUUCAGUUGCUUCCCCUAUAUCCAAUUGUUGAGAGUGAGGAUGUAUGUGAGGAUCAUAGCUAACCCUUGGGGAUUCUGUUGUUUGAACACUAGCUUGCCUGUGUAGUAGCCCCUCCCCCCUGCUUCCUGUUUCAGCCCGCUGUAAUUCUCAAAUGCAAUUUCUUUUGUUCUACUUUUAACAAGAGAAGCUGUAGCUGAGCACAAGCAUGUUACCCAUCAGCACUGGGCUUUGUAUAGUACUAAAUGAUCUAGAUCGCAGCCUAGGAAAGACUGUUGUGGUGCUGACAGUCUCUUCUUGCCUAAGAAAGGUUCUAGUGAAGCUCUUAGCAUCCUACAAAGGCAUCCUUUCAAAUCCAGAUCUUUCUAGGACAGAAAUUGGAAGGAGCUGUGCCUUCAAGAUGAAAAGCAGCAGCACAUUCCCAUUAGAACAUGGACUACUUCCUCUUUGAUGAGUAUGAAUGUCUUCUAGUGAAACCUUGAAUGUUUUAUAAGCUGCACCCUUAUUACACGCACCAUACUAUUUAUUUAUAUAUUAGAGAAUGUCUCAUAAUCAGUGGUAUAUUUUGCAAACAAGUUCUUACAUAGGGCAGGUAGAAAUAGCUUGGCAAAUUCUUCUCAACUCCUAAAGCUACAGCCAGCAUCUGAGGUGAACAUCCUGGGUGAUACGCAGUAUUAAAUGGUACGGAUAAACCCAAAAGCAGUUUGCUGCCUUUGGAAAACAGGCAUUGAUAGAGAAAGAUUGGUCUCCCUAAACUACUUUUCGAGCUAGGCUUAUAACUCCAGUCAAACUGUUGGGGUGGGGAGAUAUGAUUGUAAACAUUUGAUUUAUACUCUACCCUUCUGACGAUCACAAAAGGUAGUUAAUAACAGCAGAAUGUAAAUUUAAAUGAAUGAUAAAUACUAAAAUCAUCUAGAAAAUAAAAACCUGGCAAGAGAUGCAUCUUUACAGAUUUCCUAAGUGCUAAAAAAUAGUGGCCAUAAGCAGCUCCCAAAGGAACAUUGUCUGAGAGCAGUAAAAGACCCUCUCCCACAUCCCCAAAAGAAGAGCCUCCAUCCGUUGUGUAAGAAAGACAUCAUGGAAAGGGCCUGCCCUGUAGAUCCCAACAACUAUACAAGUGUGAAUCAGGAGACAGAUUCUAAGCCAUUUAAGGCUGUAAAGGUUAACGACAAUACCUUAAAUUAUGCUCAGGAAGCAACUGGUAACCAGAGAACAUUUAGUACAGGGAUCACAUGAUCCUUGAACCUUGCACUGGUUAGUAUCCUGGCAGCCACAUUUUGCAGUAAAUGCGGUUUCUGGGCAGACUUCAAGAGUGUCUCACAUAGAAAAGUUGCAGGAGUUAGGCUGUUAAGUAACAACACAUUGAUAACUGUCAUCAAACCUGACCAUCCUGGGAAGGGUGCAGUUAGUUUAGAUGUAACUGCAAGGGUUACCUCACAUGAGAAUCCAGUGACAUUUGAGGUUCAAGGAGUAAUCCCAGACUCUGAACCUGUUCUUUCAGAGAAAGUGCAAUCUUAUCUAAAAUAGGCUGAUUUAUGUCUCCAUCUUCAGUUUCCCAUUUAAAAACUGGUCUGGAUUUAAUUUCAGCUUGUUCUUGCUCAUCCAGUUGCAUUACUGAAUUCACACAGUAUUCAAGGAAACUAGUUCCUUUCUUGGAACUGAAUGAUGAUGAGCAAUAGAGCUAGGUAUCAUCAGCUGGUAACAUCCCUCCAAAAUCUGGAUGACCUCCCCCCACUGGUUUCAUCUUGCCAUUGAACAGCAGAGAGAGCAAUGAGACACCAUGAGUCAGUACCUAGGCAACCCCAGUUAAUACCCUGGCACCAGCUUCUGGACAUGGAAUGAUUAGAACCAUGGUAAAAUGAGGUUCCAAGUCCCAAUCUUGCCAUGUAGUCCAGAAAGAAUGCUGUAGUGAUGGUACUGAAAGCUGUCAAUGGGUAUAGAAGGACUGGUAUGGCUAUACUCCUCCCAUCUAAUUUCCAGAACAGGUGAAACACCAAGCCACCAAGGUUGUUUUAAUUCUAUAACCCAGCUGAAAGCUUGAUGUGCAUCCAGAAAAAUCAAUAUUAUUUAACUGCACCUAGAGCUGCAAGGCCACUGCCUCCUUGAUCACUUUACCAAGAAAUGGAAUAUUGAGACUGGAAUAUCAAAUAUUAUACAAGUCUCCUGGGUCAAGAAAGUGUUUCUGCAGUAAAAGGUCUUAUGAUGGCUUCCAUUAGGCAGGGGGAAGACAUUUUUAAGCAGGAACUGGACACUUUUUUUUUUUUGUGCAGCCUUUACGUACUGGGGAGGGUGCUGGCAGUCUACUGAACUUCAUUACUCACAGGAAUUGAUUGAAGCAGUUCAACAUGCACUUUAUAUAAGGUAGCAAGUAAAAACUGGACUAUAGCCAGGUAGUAUUACAAAAGAUUGUCUCAUCCUAUUUACCUUAGAGGAAGGGUUAGACUGGUACUGUGGUACUAUGCAUUAACACACAAAAUGGAGUUUGCAGGUUAUGUCUUUCAGUGCUUUUUUUUUUUUUUUGCUAGGAAGUGUUCUUGCCCUGAAGUAGUAGUUAAUAAGGAAGGUGAGGGAAAGACCUAUCAGAAAAUAGCAAUCUGAUAUAUUCAGAGCUGCCUGUGGCUUUAAGAUCUACAUUUUCCAUCAUGUACACAUGAAAUGCUCCUGUUGUGACAGGCAAUUUGAAUAAACUCAUUUCUGUCAAAUGCA